AUCACAAAAUCUAUUGUAAAAUUACAUUCAACGUCAAGGAUGGUUUUAGGCACAUUAAUUAAUCACACACAAGUCAAUCACAAUCAUUUCAUUUCUGUGCAUUCUCUCAACAAACCUAAAGGUAAAAAUGACUUAAAUCUUUCACAAAACAAACAUGCUCAUUCAAAUAUUACAACAGCUCACAAAUCAUUUCUUACAUUCACACUUGGUUCUUCUGCUGUUGAACAUAUAAAAAACCCUUGAGGUUUUUUUUGUUAUCAAUUACACCGAAGAAUAAAGUUUAUAACGUCGAUCCUGAAAGUGAAAAGUUUUUUUGAUUAACAACGACAAGUACUCA